AUGAGAUAAAAAUUAUAACUUAAGGGAGACAUUUCACUAUCAUAAUCAGUAAUAUAAAGAAGAAAUUCAAAUUAGAGACAAAAAUCUCCAAUAUAGGGGAGAAGAUUAUUCUUAAGUCAUGUAAUAUAGACUCCAUUAAGUUAAUAAUAUGGAUAAACUCAACAAUAAUAAUAAUAACAAUAAUAAUAGUAGAUUAUAUAAGGAAGAUCACAUAGUUAAUCAAAUGUAGUAUUUUAAGAAGAAGUACCUUAGAAAUGGCCAAUAAUACAAUUACCAUUUUUAAAGAAUACAGAGCCAACAAUAUUUUUUUAGUACCCUCCAGUAUGUGAGGAUAAGAGACCUAUGGUGAAUGCAAGACCUAUGACAGAAGAAGAAGUUAAAAAAUACUAAUUAACAUGUAAAGUAUUGGGAUCUGCUCCAUAUAAAUGUGUAUUGACAUCUUUUGAUUGGGCAGGAUUUAAAAGAAUAGAUGAAGAUGAUGAAGAUGAAGAAUGGAAUGUAUAAUGGGGAAUCGGUAAUAAAACAACUUUGAGAAAUAUGAAUAGAUAUUAAAAAAUCAAUCAUUUCCCAGGAUGUUGGAAUAUGGGUAGAAAAGAUCUACUAUGGAUAAAUUUAAGUAAAUUUAAAAGAAAAUACCCAAAAGAAUAUAAUUUUAUUCCUAAUACAUAUCUGUUACAAUAUGAUUAUGACAGAUUUCUAAUGGCAUAAGAAUCUGCAUAAAAGGAUACUCUUUGGAUUAAAAAACCUUGUGCAGAUUCAAGAGGUAGAGGUAUAANUUAAAAACAUACUGAACAUGCAGAAUUACAUGAUUGCAGUAAAUAUAGAUGAUUUUAUUUUAGGUCCAAUUGCUGAGCCAAUGGAAUUUUAAGAUGUAUCAGUAUUAAUAAAAUAAAAGAGAGAAAUGAAAUAGAUUGCAGAUUCUAAUAAUGGAAGCAAUAUAAUAAAUAAUAGUUAUAAUGAUUAAAGACAUUGUUAGAUUUUGUCUCAUCAUAUUGCAAUUUAGAAAGCAAAGAUUGCUAAAAGAUUUUAGUAAAUUCAUUAUAAGACAGCUGGAUAAUAGUAUUUUAGAAAAGAAAAUUAUUAAAUUUGA